AAAAUGACAGACCACAACCUACUGCGAUUAAUUGUGACAAUUGGCGAAUUUUUCGCAAUGACACCGUCACGACCCAAAACCAGGGCCAAAAUUUACGCCCUUUGUGUCGUUACGGCCCUGGUGACACCCUCGGCACUCUCGAUUAUUUACUACCGACAACCUAUUUAUGCCAAAAUCAGCGAAACCAAGUCAAUCGUUGCCAUGGUAAUGGGGACAAUUGUCAACGCCUUCAGUUGUUACACAGUCCUGGCACCCGUUUUGUGUAAACGGCAACAGUACUGCCAACUUAUGUCAAAAUUACUGGGAAAUCACCAACUAGUCUACAACUGUCACACUUUUGGCAGAUUUUUGGCGCCAAAUUUAACUUAUUUACUGGUUGCGCUUUAUUCAGGCUACGUCUGGACCGAUAUUUUAGGUUUUGGUUACUUCAGGGAAUACCUGGCUGAAGCGGUCCAACUCUAUUUCCAAUUUUACUACACUUAUUUUCUAUGCGUUAUUGUGUGUAUUUUUCGGGGGAAGUACCGAAAUAUCAAUUUGUUGUUGACGGAACAGUUGCAAAAUAGGCGUUUUUUCGCGAAAAAAAUGGAGGGUCUGGUGUGUUCGAUUAAAGAGUUGAAUAUGAUUUUUAAUGAGUUUUUUGGGUGGCCCAUAAUUAUGAUUAUUUUAUACUCCAGUUUGAUGGUCUUGAACUAUAUUGAUGAGGUUUUUAAUAAUAAUUUCGGUUACGACAAAAAACAAUACAUUGGAGUGGUUGUUGCAAACGUUGGCGUUGCAUUUAUGAUAAAUGUUGGUACCGUAACUUUGAUAUUAUCGUGUGAUGCGGUUUUGGAGGAAGUAAAAACUACACUUUUGUUGGCUUAUAAAAUUCGACAAGUGUUUCCAAACGAGAAGAAAAAUAUUUCCGAAUUUAUUAAUGUGGUUUUGAAUAAUUAUCCCGAUUUUUCGGCGGCUGGUUUUUUCUCCAUUAAUAAAACAACAUUACUGCAAAUAAUCGGUAACGUGACUACGUUUUUUAUUAUUAUUAUACAGUUUAAUAAUAAACACUGA